UGUUAAUUUGCCCUUACCAGCUCGGCUAAAGGAUCAACUAUUCAGGAUAUGACAUGACGUCAGAGCAAGAACACACCUUAACGACAUGCUAGGUAAAAAGUUGAGCAACUUCACAGUUUACCUGUCGCCGUCUUCCGAAUGGGCCAGCGGGGGAGCAAACACGCCGAGAUCCGGGUCCUUCUCCUCGGUCUGGACAACGCGGGCAAGUCGACCGUCCUGUACAAACUGAAACACAGGUCGGCCUUCAGCACCGUGCCCACCGUGGGCUUCAACGUGGAAAUGCUGGACGUAAAGCGGCAGCGCAAGAACAUUGCCCUGACCGUGUGGGACGUGGGCGGCCAGGCGGAGAUGCGCCGCCACUGGGGGGGCUACCACCAGGACACCGCGGCCGUGGUCUUCGUGGUGGACAGCGCGGACCGACAGCGCCUGGACGAGGCGCGCAAGGAGCUGGAGAAGACGCUGAGGAGCGAACAUCUGCGGGAGCGUCCGCUCCUCCUCCUCGCCAACAAGCAAGACGUCGCCGGCGCCAUGACGGUCACCGAGCUUAAAGACGCCUUCAACCUGAAGAGGAUCUGCGGGGAGCGGGAAUGGUUCGUUCAGGCCUGCUCGGCCGCAACGGGAAGUGGACUGGUCGAGGCCCUCAGGCGGGUCAGUCACAUGGUCAAACUACCGUCAGACCCUGCAGCCGCCGUCAAAGAAAACAUCAAAGGCACCGUCAAUUAUAUUCGAGACAAGUCUGUACGUUGACUUGGGAAACAAGUGGACGGUGACGUCAUCACCAUUGAUCAAAAAGUCAUUUAUUUAUUCCCGCCAUUAAACUGCUCUGACCAAAUAUAACAACUACAGCGUGGCUCGGGACAACUAACAGAUUGUUACGUGUUCUCCAAAUACAACAAAACUGCACUAUGACAAGAUAAAAAGAGCAAAUAUGUAGAUGGUGACUAUCUAACCUGUUGGAAAAUUGUAAAACAGUCCCUGAAUAGUUCAUUUUUUACCAUUAGACGGGUGUCUCACGCUCAACUUAAUUACUGUCAACUCUCUUCCUUAGGCUGACCAUAUUCUGAAAUCCCAAAAAGAGGACACAUACUGUAUAUGCAUGCCAAGGUGAACAUUUGCCAAUGAUACUUGAACUUGCUUUAUAAAUAAUAUAUUUAUUUAAACAAAUCCUUUUUUUUAUCCUCUGUUGACAGCAGUGUUGGUGCUAGGAAUUUUCAAAAUGGGGUCCCCAUGGACCCCAUCAAGUCAUAAUAAUGGGGUCCCACAGUAAAUUUUUGGGGUUCCACCUUUUUGUAAGAGUUUUGAAAACAUGAUAAACGUAUGCAUUGUCCUGUUAUAUCUCACAUUCUAUGUUGUGUUUUGGAAAGAGGUUGUCAUAAACGUUAAUUCAUUAAAAAAAAUUAUAUUAAAAAAAAGA